AUCUUGUCUAUUAUAAACUUGUCACACUAUUACUCCAUGCAUGCCUAUAAAACUAUAUACAUUAAUGCUAAGUGUUGUGGAUAACUUUCACUGCAUAGAAAAUUAUACACAAGUUUAUCUAGCAAUUAACAAAGAAGAAAUAUGGGAGAAGAAGGUAUAGGGAGAGGUGUGACAAAGAAGGUGAACCCUGGGAAGGCUACUAUAUUGAGUCUUGGCAAGGCUUUCCCUCACCAGUUGGUGAUGCAAGAGUAUUUAGUUGAUGGAUAUUUUAGGGACACUAAUUGUGACAAUCCUGAGCUUAAGCAGAAGCUUGCUAGACUUUGCAAGACAACCACAGUGAAAACAAGGUAUGUUGUUAUGUCUGAGGAGAUACUGAAAAAGUACCCGGAACUUGCCGUUGAAGGCGCUGCCACUGUUAAACAACGGCUAGAGAUAUGUAACAAGGCAGUGACACAAAUGGCGAUUGAAGCUUCCCAAGUUUGCAUAAAGAACUGGGGUAGAUCUUUAUCAGACAUAACUCAUGUGGUUUAUGUUUCGUCUAGUGAAGCUAGAUUACCUGGCGGUGAUCUUUACCUAUCCAAAGGACUUGGACUGAACCCUAUCAUUCAACGAACCAUGCUCUAUUUUGCCGGAUGCUCAGGAGGUGUGGCUGGUUUACGUGUUGCGAAAGACAUAGCUGAGAACAACCCUGGAAGCAGGGUGUUGCUUGCUACUUCUGAGACUACAAUUAUUGGGUUCAAGCCACCAAGCGCUGAUAGACCCUAUGAUCUUGUUGGGGUGGCACUCUUUGGUGAUGGUGCUGGUGCCAUGAUAAUCGGUUCAGACCCAGUAUCAGAAACGGAGACACCGUUGUUUGAGCUUCACACUGCAGCUCAAGAGUUUUUACCUGACACAGAGAAGAAAAUUGAUGGGAGGCUGACGGAGGAAGGGAUAAGCUUCAAGUUAGCAAGGGAACUUCCUCAGAUAAUUGAAGACAAUGUUGAGGGAUUCUGUGACAAACUAAUUGAUGUUGUUGGGUUGCAGAAUAAGGAUUACAAUAAGUUGUUCUGGGCUGUGCAUCCAGGAGGGCCUGCGAUACUGAAUCGCAUGGAGAAGCGGCUUGAUUUGUUGCCCGAGAAACUGAAUGCCAGUAGGAGAGCUCUCAUGGACUAUGGAAAUGCUAGCAGCAAUACCAUUGUUUAUGUGCUGGAGUAUAUGAUAGAAGAGGGCCUGAAGAUUAGAAAGGAAGGAGGAGGAGAUCCUGAAUGGGGCUUGAUACUUGCUUUUGGACCUGGAAUUACUUUUGAGGGGAUUCUAGCAAGGAACAUGUGUGCUUGAACUAUAAAACUAUUGUGCUACAAGGUUUAUUAACAUUGUUAUUAUUACUGUUAUCAUCGUUACAUAGGAUGUGUUUGUGAGAACAUCGCUUUCAAAAGCAAACUCAAAUUUAAUUAAUGAUCCAAUGAAGACUUUUAGUAUAUUGACUUAAUCCAAAAAAUUACUUUAAAGUAAGUUUAUGAACCAAAAUUUCAUUAAAUCGCGCUGCAAAGAAAAGAUCUACAGCAAUCCAAGACUCAGUAAGCAUGUGGAAUUGUUGUAACAAAACUGAAUUCUAUUAGUCUAAGAAAAUAAAGACUUAGGUAUAAAAGCACUUCCAACCAUAAUAAAUAACCUUACCUCAAACAUAAAAUAUAUUUAGUUUACUUUCAUCCCCAACUUUACACUUCCACCAAGGAACCGAAUAAGCAUGUCAACA